UGCUCCCUUUGCCGCACACUCACGCGAAGCCUCCCAUUGUCAGUCAGAGGCGAAAAGUCUCACUCUUCGCUCAGUUAGAGCGAGAGAGAAAAGGAGGCAGCGACGCACAUGAGUCGCGAGCGCGAGAGCAAAACCGGAAGGAAAGACGGACGAGCAGCACUCUCGAUCAGCACUCUUUAUUGAGCUGCAGCUUUAAUUUUGGAGUGGCUGUCGUGUUGCAAGCUUCCGCGAAUCAAAAGAAAGAGGCUCACUCCAGAUCCAGAUGGCGAAGAAAAGGAAGAUAGAGAAACAUCAAACUAUGGAUGAGAUGGAGGAGAUUUUAAGACAAGGUGAGGCUCAAGGUCAUCCAAAAGGUCCAGCGAAUCUUGGUUUCUUUCAGUUCGAAUCAGGCAAAGGAAAUGCAGACAACGUGUUCGUUCUUGUCGUCCAUUACGAUUUCCAAAACACGACGAAAUUACGAAACUGUGAUGCGCGAGACGUUGAGAAACUGGAAACGACCUUUGGAAAGAACCGGAACUGUAAUUUCCGCAGCCUUUAUAGACCGAAAAAGGAAAUUGUGCUCGAUCUUCUCGGCAGCCAGGAAAAGCUCUUGCGGUUUUUCUCCUCAAAAGACAAAAUCCCGUCGGUUUUCGAGCUGUACUUCCUCUCUCACGGCAACGAAAAUGGAGUCAUCUACACUGAUUACUGGAGCAAGACACUCAGUGAUUUUAUUUCCUUCACGACAGAAGACGUUUUCAACUCCCUGAAAAAACUGCAUGGAUUCGAGAAAAGCUUGAAGUUUGUCAACUUUGGCCCGUGUAGGGGAAAUCUAGACGACGCAAAAUUCGACCGAAAAAAGGAUUACAAGGACUACGAAAACAAAAACUCUUGCCGAAUCACGUCGGCUCCUGAAAUGCCCAACACAGUCAUCGUUUAUUCAACAGUCGAGACAACCAUGGCUAACACAAGUGAACGCGGUUCCUCGUUCGUGAACAGCAUGUGCGAUGUCUUGAGCCAGAUCAACGAGGAUAAGCCUUUGUUGUUAUUCCUCACGUCAGUCCAGCACAAAAUGCACAAAGCGUCUAUCGCCGGACCGGACUUCGCAACAAACCUUCAUCUUGGUCAGACGCCAGAGGUCAAAAUGUUCUCAUCAGACACAAGCUUUUCCUUCUCAAGGUCAUUGAUAGCUGCAACAUCUGUUUCAAGAACUGAUUCGCGCAUGGAAAAAGCAGCAACAAUCACGUCAACGUCUGAAUUUUUCUCUUGGAAGUCGGACGAAGGACAAAACAUCCGAGGGCGGCGAGCCUUCAUCUUUUAUGAACAGCAAACAAGAGAAGUUGAAGAAAUGGAAAAAGCUCUGCGGCAAAACUUGGAUUUUGAUACAAGACUUUGGAAGUGGAAAAAAGAAUCUUUGGACGUUUAUUUCAAUCAAGUUCGCGAGAUGGAGCAUGACGUCGGCUGCGUUUUGACUUGCAUUUUCGGCCAAGUGAGCGAAAAAGAAGAAGUUUGCGUGCUUGUGAACGGAGAAGAAAAACCAAUUGCCGACAUUUUACACGGAUUUAUCGGCCCGAAAAAUGACAAACUGAUCGGAAAGCCGAAAAUCUUUUUCAUCGUUGACCAAAAGGCGCAGGAAUGCGAUUCUCACAAUUCAUCAAAGAGCCAAUUUGAGGUGUCCUCAACGAACCACAGCGGCUGGCUUGUCAUGAUUUUGAAGGACAAAGACUUACUGGAGCAAUUGAUCGGAAUCUUUAAAGGAGAUGAGCUGAAAAAAGGGAGAAGUUUGCAAGAGCUUUUAGUGCCACUGCUUUCAACUGGAACUAAAAAAGAGUUAACUCUGCUUAACUCGACGCUUCAGUACUUACUUGAUUUUCCCGACUGGCCGAGGACUUUCGUAAAACCAGAUUUGAAGUUUAGAGACAACAGGAAAAAGAUUUGCUUCGAGGAUCUGAUCGGAGAGGCGAAAAUGUUGCGAGAAAACCAGGUUUGGCUGUUGAGUUCGGUGGCUGGCGCAGGAAAAACGACCGUUCUCAAAGAAAUCGCUUUCCAAAUCGGAAAAUCGGAUCAAGACGCGAGAGUUUUGAAUAUCUCCUUAAAUAAAAACUUUAAAACAUUAACAAAACCUCGAGUGGAUGCAGUCGAAUUUCUAGCAAAAACCACAGGGAAUUCCUCUGAAGACAUAAAAAAUUGGAUUGCUCAGAAAAAAGUAGUCGUCUUCCUGGACGGUUUCGACGAAACUUGUCCGCACAGCAGGGACAAAGCUCUCGGAAUAGUGAGGGCUUUGAAAGAAAAAAGAGUUCCACUCUGCGUGGCAACGAGACCGCACGAAGCGAAAGUGAUCGAGAAAACGGUUGGCAACGCUACACUUGUUGAAAUAGAGCCAUUCGAUGAAGCAAAGCAAAUCGAGUUUCUGCAGUCUGUGACCGAUAUGAACGAGGAAGAAAUCAAAAGAGUACUUCAUGCCGUCAAGCAAAUAGGCCUUUCAAGAAGCUCUAUAUAUCCAUAUUACGGGGACAAUAUCCUGGUUAAAUCUGGUGGAAAUCAGAACACGAUUCUGGUCAACCCGCUGCACCUGUCGUUAGUUGCUCAGAGCAGCAGCGAAGGAAAUUUAUUCCAAAUUUACGACAAAGUGGUGAGGAAGAAGGUACAAAAGGGUUUGGAGAGGAAAUAUGGCUGCAAACAAGUGGAAGACGAUAGUAUUGACAAAGAACUGAUCCCUCUUCUGUUGAUCGCGUUUCGCUAUAUGAAAAACGAGCCGCUUGUCGGACCUGGAGUGACGAGAGAAGAUUUGGCGAAGAUGAACGACUAUGGAGUCGCAACCGUGGAGCAAGAAAGGGUCACUUUCCUCCACCAGACAUUUGCAGAAUUCCUCGCCGCCCAACAGUUUUUGAAAAACGUGGAAGAGUCAGGCAAUUUUGAUUUUGAAUUUAUUGGCAAAUGGGAUAUGGAAGAGGUCAGAAAGUUUGUCGAUCUUUUCUACUCGACUUUGGAAAAGGAGGAAGAGAUCGAGUUCCCCACGGAAAUAAAAGUGCCCGAGGAAAAUUCAAACAAGUCUGCUCUGUUUCUGAUUCAUGUUUGCAAGAAAAACCUCAAGCAUAUUUUUAAAGUGCUGAAGCCACACAUUACUUUUUGUGACGAGCAAAUGGAAAAAUAUUCCCUUCCCUGGGAUGAUGAUGAUGGAGAACUUGGUUGUAUAAAACACUCUUCUUCCAUUUGCGUGAAUUACGCUAUUACAUUGCUGGUCUAUUCGAUAAGAAGCGAAGAAAUCGCCACGGAGCUGUUGAAAAUGAACGUCAUCGAUUCACGAACCUUGGAAGAAUACAUUAAUGUAGUCCUCACAGAAAUCGCCUGUUACAACGCAAUCUCCGUGUUCAACCAGCUAAAAGAGACUUUCCCCAACUUCGUCGAGCUGCUCAGAAAAUCAAGUUCCAACGCCGGCGCCGGUUUCACAGCGGUAGCUAAUGAUAACGAUGAGAUUCUCGAAUUGUUGCUGGAAAACGGAUUCGGCAAAGAUAAUUUAAAACGUUUUAUGUAUGGACGCACCCUUUACCUUGCUUGCCAAGAGGGGAGACUCAAGUGCGUUAAAAUUCUCCUCAAACACGGCGCCAAACAAGCCUUUUGUGACGAUGAAAUUUGGGAUCCUUUGAACGUAGCUGUGAAGUACGGCCACCUGGAUAUUGUCAAGCUUUUCGUGGAGGAGGAAAUUAGCGGAUCGGCCCGAGAUGAGGUGACGCUUGAGGCAAAUAUUUUUCAGACAGUGAAGGAGUACAAUGGCGAUUUCAACGCUUUCCACCAUGCCAUCUCUUACAGAAAAAAGGAUAUAGCUGAGUACCUGCUCUCAAAAAGUCCAGCCUUGAAACACAUCCCGACAGAAAAGGAGAAAAAGAGUCCUUUGCAGCUGGCUGUGGACCGCCGAUUCGGAGAGUUCCUGGUCUGGCUGGCGAGAGAAGUCGGCGACGACCUGAGUUCUUUCAUUCCGAGCGGCGAGCGACAAGAUUGGACCUUUAAAGAUCACUUCUACUACGAUCACUUCCGGCUGCUGCGAGGCGACCUGACGGAAACGGACGAGCGAGGCAAAACCCUUCUCCACUUGGCCGCUCAGCACGGAAAUUUGCAUUUCGUCCGCGAGUUCAUCACGAAAGGCGCCGACGUGGCUGCCAAAGACGCCAACGGAUGGAACGCCUUGCACUUCGCCUGCAGCUACGCCGAUUUCAUUUACAGGCACGACAAUUCAGAAGUGGUCAGACUCGUGCACUUAACUAACCCUCGACUAGUGAAGCAAACGACAAAUAAAGAAGAAACUGCACUGCACAUUUUGGUGAGCAACAGUUUCGAACGCUUAUCUUCCAGCAGUUAUAGAUGGUCAGGCACAAAAACUUUUCACUUCCUUGUGUAUGAAGCAGGGGUGGACUUGGAAGCCAGGGACAGCAAAGGCCGCACGGCAGAGGACGUGGCCAAUGAUUUACACCGUGAUACUUAUUGGAGACAUUUAAGUGAAAAAGAUAUUUCAGGCAGAAGUGGAAGGUUUAGGAUAAGAGGAAAUUUGGUAACCAGUGACUUUGAAUGAGUUAAUGAAAUGAAAUAUCAUAUAUUAUCUCGGAAAAAUUAAUAAAUUCAUUUAUUUGAUAAAAAGUU